CAUCUCCCUUCAAACCGAGUAAUAGUGGCAAUCUCCUCCUCUCUCCCCUUCACCCAUCUCUCCCUCAAAGAAGAAGAAGAAGAACUAAACGGAGACCACCACCUGCUGUCGAGAAUGGUCUCCAAAACCCCCACAAAAUUCGCCAAGUCCACCCCCAAAUCCACCCGCCGCCGCCGCAAGAAGCCCUCCCCCCUGAAGUCCCUCAUCGCCACCCCCUCGGCCGUCGCUGCGUCGAUCGACCGCUCUUUCCGCUCCUGCCGCCGCCGCCUCAUCAAGAUCUUCACCUGCUUCGGCAUUCUUGGAACCCCCAAAUCCCGCAAGCACGGCUUCCGCCGCCUAAAGACCGUCCCCCACGACGACCCCGCCCCUCCCGCCCCCCCUACACCCCUUCCCCCGCCCUCAUUCCCUGGAAGAAAGACGGUCAUUCUGGACCUCGACGAGACCCUGGUCCAUGCCAAGACCGACCCCCCUCCCGAGAGGUACGACUUCACCGUCCACCCCGUAAUCGACGGCCAGAUCCUCACCUUCUAUGUUCUGAAGCGCCCGGGGGUCGAUGAGCUGCUCAAAGAGGCCGCCAAGGCAUUCGAGGUCGUCGUCUUCACCGCGGGGCUCAGGGAGUACGCGUCCCUCGUGCUCGACCAUCUCGACCCAGGAGGAGAGAUCAUAUCCCACCGCCUCUACAGGGAUUCCUGCAAGGAGAUGGAGGGGAAGUUUGUGAAGGAUCUUUCGGUGAUGGGGAGGGAUUUAGAUCGGGUGGUCAUUGUGGAUGACAACCCCAAUGCUUACGCGUUCCAGCCGGAGAAUGCGGUCCCGGUGGCCCCUUUUAUCAAUGAUCUUGGGGAUAGAGAGCUUCAGAAGGUGAUCAAGUUCUUGGAGGUUGCUCCUCUUUUCGACGAUACGCGGGAUGCCAUCUUACACUAUCUCUCAGAUAAUGCGAAUCAGAAAUCCCAGAUUUGAGUUGGGUCUUCUUUACUUUGGUUUCUUGAUACUUAGAGAUGGAUUGACUUCAAGAUAGUGGGCACUGAAUUAUCAUCAAAAAGGGCUUUUUGGAGUUGCUGGAGGCCAACAUUUGCUCUUCUUCAGGAUCUUCCUGAAUGUCUUACUCAAUCUGAGGUAGAAUGGGGAUGCAGGCUAUUGCCUCUUUGUGAUCACAGAGAGGAAAAAUAGUGGUAUCUUGGAUUCUUUAGGAUCGUAAAUUUAUUGUUAUCAAAGUUUGUUCUUUCAAUUUUGAAAUUUAACUUGUCUGAUAGCCCAUUCGU